UAGCAGGAAUUGGUAGCAUUUAUUUUUUCCACUGGAUAGAGUAAAGUGGGGGCAUGUCAUAAAGUUACUAUCUAAAUAGUUCGCAAGUUUAGCCUACUGUUCUACACAUUCAUUGCUAGUGCCAGUGACUGAUUUCAUGCUGAAUCGCUCCGAUACAACUCCGCUAUCAGACGUAUUAUUGCAGGACAGGCAACUUUGUAACUAAAUUAGGAAUACCCUCUCAUUGCUGAUUAGCACACCGAAGAGCCACUUCUCCAAGGGUUUGUGAGUUUUGGCGGACAUAUUAAGCAUUUGUUUUAAAAUGAUAACGGCGAAUUUAGACUGGCCCUGAUGACAAGUGAACACAACCGCCCACUACUUCAAGUUGCCAAAACGCAGACCAAAGAAAUCCAGCAUAGUGGCAAGAAAUGUCAUUCAGGCAAGAUGAAUCGAGUAUCGAAAGCUACAUUUGUUAGCAAACAUGGCGGAUGACAAGGACCCCAUGACACAGCUGAAGGACCUAGCAGAACUGAAGGAUCAGUUGGAGAAUAUCCAGAGACGCGUGGAGAACGAGGUGCAAGCAGGAAUACCCCAAGGCGGCUCGGUCUUGGCCUCCCCCUUCCUGAAGGGCGCUGUGGCUGGCUAUCUGGUGGCCAAGCUGCGCUCGACGGCCAUCUUGGGUGUGUGCCUGGGCAUCUGCACGGGUGUGUUUGUGGCGCAGAACUACCCCGUGCCCAACAUUGAGCAGACGCUGCGCGACUACGCCAACUCCCUGAAGAAGGGGCCCGGCAACUGAGCUGUGG